GCGGCGUCGGGCGGGCGGGGGCCGUGGGGGCAGCAUGGCCGCCCUGGCCCGGCUGCGGGCCCGGCUGCCGGCGCUGCGGGAGGAGUAUUUCCGCAGGAACAGAUGUGUAGAUGAAGACAGAAAAAUAAAGUACAAAGCUGCUGUCAAAAUUCAGAGCUGGUUUCGAGGAUGCAGAGUCCGAGCCUAUCUGAGACAUCUGAACAAAAUGGUGAUUUGUAUACAGAAGCGGUGGAGAGGCUAUCAAAGCAGAAGAUACUUCCGAAAAAUAGUGAAGACAGCAUAUUUUAUUAUGAAGAUGAAUUUCUACAAUGAAAUGGCUGUCAGGAUUCAGAAAAGAUGGCGUGGAUAUUAUGUCCGAAAAUAUAUCCAUAAUUAUUAUGCACUGAAGAAAUACCUGGAAGCCGUUUCUGUGAAUAAUGAGAUUGUCAGGAAUGAACUCCAAGAGUAUGCAGAAAUGAAUGAAAAUGAAAGGAGAAAGAAGGACCAGGAAAAGAAAGAAAAGGAAAAGAAAUACCAAGCUCGAAAGAUGCAUUACCUCCUUAGCACUGAGCAGAUUGCAGGCAUAUAUAAUUCGCCGUUCAGAAAAUCCCCAGAUCCAAUGGAACUGCUGCUCCGGCAGUCAAAGCCACUGAGCCACAGGCAGCAGCAAGUGAAGAGUCCCUUCACAGAUGAACUUUAUGACUGGCCAACUUGUAAAAGGCCUCCAACUUUCCAUGCAGGAGAACCCCUGCCACCUAUUGGCAGACAGAAACCUCAGGGGCCUUUCCGUGAUACCGCUGAAGUAUUGCGGCAGCGCUACAAGCCUUUGGAACCAACCUUGCGAGUGGCAACAUCAAUCGAUUCACCACUAGGGAAGGCCAGAGCGGAAAUGAAAAGAGAGGAAUGGAGAAACCAUAUACAUGACAAUGAAUUUUUGCCAUUUUCUUCAUAUCAUAAAAAUGAGAAGUAUGAUCCAUCAAUUCAUAGGUCAGGCAAAUAUGGCCAAGAAACUUAUGGAAUUAAACAUUUCCGAGAAGUACAGCCGAAUAAGUGGGUAACAGGCAAGGACUUUCAAACAGUGUCACCAUCGAUUGUACUCUUUGAGAAGUUUGGAAAAACUUAUUCCAGAUGUGGACAAAUAGUUUAAUCAUUCUGUAAACUAUACAAUGUAAGACACUUGAUAAGUAAUCAGUAAAUGCUUUUCAAGAAAUGCAUAGCAGUAUGUCAACUGAAUGUCUCAUAAAUUUUUCUUUCUGUAAAGUGAUGUAUGCUUCGUCUGAAGUACUGUUAAUUGAUUUUGCUUGAUCUUUAAGCAAUACAGCUUUCCACAUUAAUCAAAGAUUGUUGUUGUUGUUUCGAAAAAAAAGUCAGUAUUAUCAUAAGAAAAUCGAAUGGCUCUUAGAAAUGACUUCUGAAAAUGCUAUCUUUUAUUUAAAUGUAAAUCCUAUAGGAUACAAGGUAAAAAAAGACUCAGAAACGUGGUAUUUAUUACAGAUUUGUAAGUGAAAUUAACACUGAGAAAAAAUCUAUCUUUUCCCUCUCAAGUUUAGAUAUGUUUCAUCAUUGUUGUUCGUCAUCCUUUAUGUUAGUAUACAUGUUUUUUUGGGUACUGCUCCAUCUCUUCAUAUGAUCGAUAAACUUAGGUAGGCUAUUUACAAGGAUAAUACUUUUUUAAAGCCUUUUAGCUCUUCUGUGUGUGAUAUAACUUCACAGCUGAAAAAUUAAAUUUCUAACAGCUUCAUAUAUACCUUACUAUUUAAUCAAUUUUUCUGUAUCCUCUUCAUUUUUAAUAAUUUUUUUUUUUUUUUGCUAAUAUCUAUGUGUUUACUCUUGGUCCUGUGUCAGUCUUAUCAUGAUCAUGUGAUGCUUAACAAAGAAGAACACAUCUGAGCACACAAAACUGAUAUUUGACUGCUGUGUUUGCUAGCAUGCAAUUGAACUGCAAAAUGUUGAAUAUCUUCAGAGUGCAUUAAUUUAAAAGACUCAAAAAACUUCAGGAUUUUCUGGGACCAAAUCAUAACCUAAUUCUUCAAAUUAUGCAAGUGAAUUUUUACAGGAGUUUUCUGCUGAGUUUUCUAGGAUACCAUGCUUUCUCCUCAUAUCAUUUGGAUGUAUUUGAAUCAAAUAUUAUUAGAUCAAAUAGUAUUUGAUUAUAGUAUUUGUAUCAGAUAAUCAGUGUUAGGCUUUUCAUUACUGAAUUUUUAUUUUUAUUUUUUUCAAUUCUCUUGUUCUCUCCAAAUGUGCAGGAAGAUCCAUGUGAUGAUGGUUUGUAUAAAUGCAUAUAUACACUUUCUGAACUAGGAGUCAAAAAUUUUGCUUCCAUGGAGUUUCAGCUGUUUGGUUCUAUGGAAAUGUUUUAGGGCUAUCAUACACAAAAAUACUGUAGUUCCACUAUAGUAAGUAAUAAGUGCAGAACCUGAGCUGUAGUAUUGCUACUUUCUGGAGUGUGUUGUUGUCAAGCUUUGAAAAGUUUAUUAUUCUGCAUGGAAAUGAGAAAUUAAUUCUGGGAAGUGAGAAGCAACCACCUCACUGGCUAAGUCUCCCCAUUAAGAUUUAAUCUGAUCAAAUGUAGCUAGAGUGCUUUAGUUGUUUGUGGAAGGGAUUGAACAUGAUACACUUGUGCAAAACUGUUGAUGAAUAAAGAUGCCACAGUAAUUUUUAGAUGCGAGAGCUAUCUAUUUGAUUGCUUCCGCUUUAAGGUAGUUCAUCACUUCACAGUAAUUCACUCUGUGCUGCCUCUUGAGCUCCAUACCACAAUUUCCCAUCAGUCCGAUUAGAAAUGGCAAUGGCUUUAUCAGAUUAAUCUUUCUUUCUCUUUCUUCCUUUCAGUAUGUCUGACCUGAGGACAAAACAAAGCCUACCAUAUAGGCCAGCACUGCAAUAGUGCUCUAUAGCUAAGACCCUGCAGCACAAGUGAAGGUUAAAAGUAACACUUCUAAUUUAUUUUAAUUGUUUGACUGACCUAUGUCUAUAUCAUCUAUAUCUAUAUCUAUAUCUAUAUCUAUAUCUAUAUCUAUAUCUAUAUCUAUAUCUAUAUCUAAUCUAUAUCAAUCAAAAGACAUGUAUAUAUAUAUAAUAUACUUUUUCCUCCACUUAACAAGUUAAAAAACAAACAAACAAGCAAAAAAAAAUCAACAAAACAAACAAAAAAACUUUUUAGUUUCUAAGCUACUACCUACUUCUUGGAAACCUUCUGACACACAAAUAAGUCUGUUCAUUUUAUUAGAUAAAUAAGCAUCCACCCUCGCCUUGCCUCACCUCACCUCACCUCAGCUCACCUCCCCUCUCUACACUCCUCCCCUCUCUUCUCCUCUCUUCUCCUCCUCUUCGACAUGUUGGACUACAUUUAGAAAAGAUGCUCAGAAUAAUAUAGUGCAGGAAUACCAGUAGUGUUUUGUUAUGUAGAGGAAUCAGACAUCAUGACAAUUGAGAAAAUAAUAUGCAAGUGAAUACAAGAAUCUCUACAGCAUGUAGAAAUAGAAGGCUAAAUUUAGCCCUGGGACAGAUUAGCACUUUCUAUUUGGUAAUCUGCUCUGGCAAGCAAGUAAAAGUGACUUGUGAAGAAAAUUUUGUUUUGCUCUCUUGUUUAAAUUAAAAUGUUUGCAUGUUGCAAACUUACAGUUUUUGUCUAAGCCAGUUAAAGCUAAAAUGUUGAUAUUUUUAAUCACUACAAUAAUAUAAAGACCAUCACAAUAAGGAUUUUGAUGAAAUCAUUAUGUAACCAGUCUGUCUAUCAAUAAAUGAUUGUGUAAGUGAUUUUAAUUUACUCUUCAUUAACUUUCUUACUGAUGUAGUUUACCAUAUCACUUUGAAUUAUAAAAUUAAUUCUUGAAAUAUUUUUAAUAAUAUG